GUAAGAGUAAGAGUAAGAGUGAGAGAAAGACCUGUCUAGGAACACGUGUGUGUAUUUAUGUAUUCGUGUAAUAACGCCUAUGCUCGAACAACAACUUCCAACGGUGGUAACGCGUAACGACAGUCGCGUUUAUCGAAUUAGGGCUAAUUUCGUCGUUAUCGUCGUCGGUGGCACCGUGCGGAGGGUGGCAAUAAAAUUCAUCGAGCAUCAUGGAUGCGUGGAAACGCGGAAGGAUUAUCUACGCUUAUCUCAUAUGGGUCGUCUUCAAGGCUACAGCAGCUGGAGGACUGUUUGAUGCCAUGAAUUCGUUGGUCGAGGAGCUUGUCGUUGAAGCUGGCAAGAACGUGACGUUGAGUUGUCCAGGAGUGACGGAAGACUCUCUGGUGUAUAUGCUCGAGUGGCGAGCCGACGGUAUGCAACUGCUCGAGUGGCGGGCUAACGGAAUGCAACUCGAGCACGCCAACAGAGGCACCGUUGUUCGGAGUCAUCAGAAUAGGGUGUUUCUCUCUUUGAAAAAUUACGCUCUACAAUUUCAUCCUGUCACAGCACCGGACUCGGCCAAGUACGAGUGCCUGAUAAACAAUCGUAGUACACCGGAAGCCAUUAUUAAGCUCAUCGUUCAAG